UCUUAAUUUCAAACUUUAUUUUAAUUAACGAAGUUUUAUUGCGAUUAAGUUUUUAAUAUCGUUACACGAUUUAUUUAUUUUUCAGAUUUUAUAAUUUAAUUAUUUACGAGCUUAAACUACCUUUUUAAAUCUUGUUUAUUUCGAAUUUUUGAUAAUUUCGGAACGUUUUUAUUUUAUUCGAAAAUUAAAUGUAUUUUAUUGUUAUCGAUAUUUUACAAAAAUUAUUUGAAAAUCUGAUUUUAAUUAAACAUUCCUAUUUAUAUCAAUUCCUAAAUAUAGCAAAGAAAUUUUCAGAAAUUUUUCCUAAUUAAGUAAAAUUACCAAAAUGCCCCUAAGGAACAAAUUGGCAUCUUUCUUGCUCCUUCCUUGCUAUUCACGUACAAACAACAACAUACAAACAACAACAAGAAUGAAGGAAUUCCUUCAUUCCUCUCUACCCACAAUUCAGUCUACAUUCACUUGCUUAAUCCCCAAGUAUUUUAGCUUCUUCUUCACUCUACUUUCAGCCAUAUAUGUUCCAUUCUUUUUCAACCAAAAAUCAGUUACCAAAAAAAAAAAACUGAAAAUCAACUCCUUUGUUUUCUUUGAUUCCAACCACCACCACCGCCGGUGGCUGCCGCCACUGCAACCCACCACCACCACCAUUAUCCUCCUCGACUCCUCCACCACCCACUGUCCGUCACCACCGCAACCACCUAGAACCACCACCGCACCACCGUCCCUGCUUCCCCUCUCUCUCGCAACUCCCCUGCCUCCCCCUCUUUUCUCUUCGCUGUACCACACCCGCAACCACCAGCGUCGCACCACCACUCCCAGCAAUCCUCUCCACUAUGUGAACCUACCUCCGUCCCCAAUAACCGUCGCGCCGCCGCCCAGAACCAAACAUAAAUACUCCCCUGUAAUUCCCGUGUUUUGCGCAACCUCACCCCCUUCCUCGUUGUUUCUCCGCCGUGAACCACCCACCCCCACCGGCGCGGUUCCGCGCUGAUGCGCCGCCCAUAAAUCCGGCCGCCACCCAACCUCCUUCUUCCUUCCCCUCUCCUCCCUCGUGCCCCUCCCCUGUUUCCCCUGCUUCGUGCCCCUGUUUCCCAAAGGAACGAGUUCCAGUAUUGGAACUUUGUUCCUUGUAUUACUCAAAAAAUUGGACUCGGUGCUCAGGAAGGACGAUCCAUCAGACAGGAAGUAUAAAAACUACGGUUGAGAAUGUCGACUAUCGAGGUGACUAACGAUAUUAACGAUGGAGCUCACAACGAGCACAACGUCCAUGUCAACGAUGACACUAUCUACGAGGAUGUUGCCCAUGAUGAUCCCUAUGACGAUCAACCUAUCGAAGAUCACAAAGAAAGGAUGGAACGAUUAGAAACCGUUAGCACGAUGUUAGCUGAAUUAAUCAAAGAUACUCAGAAACAGAAAUCGACGAAUGCGAACGAAAAUGCGUCAAUGUUCAAGAAGUUUUCAUCCCUGAACCCACCAUCUUAUGAUGGCAAGCCCGACCCUGUAGAAUUCGAGGAUUGGAUUAACCGCAUAGAUCAGUUGUUUGAAACCUUGCAAUGUCCUAAGGAAUGGAGAGUCGAUUUCGCCGUGUUUUACUUAACGGGUCAAGCAAGUUUAUGGUGGAAAGUUAAUAAGGAAAGGAAGAAUGAGCCUAGAUUUGGUUGGACCGAACUGCAAAAGUUACUGAGAGAUAAGUUUUAUCCACCAUCUUUGAGGAAACAAAAGGAAGACGAGUUUCUACACUUGCAACAAGGAACAAUGAGUGUUAUGGAAUAUGCAAACAAGUUCAUGGAAUUGUCAAGAUUUGCACCGGAGCUGGUAUCAACAGAGCAAUCCAGGAUGAACCGUUUUGAGCGAGGUCUUCAUUUGAAAUACCAAGAUAGAUUGGCAACUCAAAGGUUUACUUCCUAUCAAGAUAUGGUUGAUAUUGCAGUUAAUGUUGAACGAGUUGUAUUACUUCGAGAAGCACAAAAUGUUGGUGAUAAAAGGAAGAAUGAUAAUCAAAACCAUGGAGGAGCUAAAAGGCCAAACCAAGGAAACCAUAAUCAUAGAAGGAACGAUAGUAGAGACCAAGGUUAUAACGAUAGAGCAACUCGUAAGGUAUGGUGUGCUAAGUGUGGAAAGAGAAACCAUACCGAAAGUGAAUGUCGUGCAGGAACAAAGACAUGUUAUCGAUGUGGAGGAAAAGAUCAUUUUGUCAGAGACUGCCCUAAACCACCUCCCACAGAUACUGGAAGAGCAACCUCGACCAAUCAUGAACGAAACAACAACAAUGCGAGGGUUAAUCAUGAUCCACCUCGACCACCAAUAUCUGGAAAAGCUUACAUGAUUAGAGCUGAUAAGGAAGAAGAAGAUGACGCCAACGCUGAUACUAUUUCAAUUUAGUUCUUAUGUACGUUUGAACCUAAGU